AUGAAUGUUUACGUAGUUGGUGUUGGAAUGACGAAGUUUAUAAAACCUGGUCGAGAUGGAAACCCUGAUUAUCCAGAAAUGGCAGCCUAAGCUACUAGAAGAGCUCUAAGAGAUGCCAAUAUUCCUUACUCCUCCGUCUAAGUAGCUUCAAUAGGCUACGUAUAUGGCGACUCAACAUGUGGACAGAGAGCAUUAUAUGAAGUGGGAAUGAGUGGAAUUCCCGUAUACAAUGUCAAUAACAAUUGUUCAACAGGGUCCAGUGCCUUACAUAUGGUGUCUUAACUACUAAAGGGCGGACUUUAUGAUUGUGCAUUGGCACUUGGAUUUGAAAAGAUGGAGAAAGGAUCAUUGAAUAUGAAAUUCCCAGAUAGAACUUAACCACUCGAUAAGAUAGUUCUGAAGACAAUGGAAGUGGGAGAACAAAGCUCAGCCCCGUUUGCACCCUAAAUCUUUGGAAAUGCAGGAAUUGAACACAUGAAAAAAUAUGGUACAAAACCAGAACAUUUUGCCCUGAUUGCUUAUAAAAACCAUCUUCAUUCAACUCGAAACCCAUAUAGUUAAUUCAGAGACAAAUACACUCUCUAAGAAAUCAUUACAUCACCGAAGAUACAUGGUCCCUUAACUAAACUUCAAUGUUGUCCAACAUCUGAUGGAGCAGCUGCAGCUAUUGUUUGUACCGAAAAGUUCGUGCUUCAACAUAAUUUACAAGAUUAAGCUGUAUAAAUCUUAGGAAUUACUAUGACUACAGAUAGUGAAAAGACAUUCACUGAUUAAAGUUUGAUGAAUUUGGCUGGAUAUGAAAUGAGCAAAAGAGCUGCCCAACAAAUCUAUCAAUAAACUGGAGUUAAGCCAUCUUAGGUUGGAGUUUGUGAAUUGCAUGAUUGUUUCUCUGCAAAUGAGUUGAUUACAUAUGAAGCCUUAGGUCUAUGUGAGGAAGGGAAGGCUGGAGAUUUUAUAGAUAAAGGAUACAACACUUAUGGUGGACGUGUAGUUGUGAAUCCUUCUGGGGGACUGAUAUCGAAAGGACAUCCACUAGGUGCAACUGGGUUAGCUUAAUGUGCAGAGUUAUGCUGGCAAUUAAGAGGAAUGGCUGAGGAAAGAUAGGUUCCUGGAUUGUAAUAUGCUUUAUAACAUAACAUUGGCUUGGGAGGGGCUUGCAUUGUUGCUCUCUAUAAGAAAUACAAUACAAAAUCAGGAAGACCCAGGAAGGAUCAAACAUCUAAUCCUGACAUCCUUGAAAAAUUAGAAAAGGAAUAACCAAAAUUGUGAUGUUAUACAUUAAAAACACAAAACAAUUAAAUUAAA